UGGUCGCAGUACGCUUAUGUCCAAUAUGCCACCGACAAACAUUACCUUUGCAAUGCUGUCAUGGUCUUCGAGGCUCUCCAUCGACUAGGUAGUCGCGCUGACCGCGUAUUGCUUCACCCGAAGGAAUGGAUUGGGUCGGUGGAAAAUGGCAUGAAUGGGACAUACGAGCACAAACUAAUGGUACAGGCAGGAGAUUUGUAUAACGUGAAAUUUGUAUCAAUCGAGACGCAAACUGAGCGUGCAUGGCCGGUUGGUUUCACGAAGCUGUUAGCUUUCAAUCAAACACAGUACAAGAGAGUCAUACUCCUCAAUUCAAAUGCUAUGGUUCUACAGCCUAUGGACGAACUGUUCUUCCUCCGGCGCGCCACAGUCGCCAUUCCGCAUGCAUAUUGGACCCUCGACAAACCUAGCUUUCUUUCCAGUCAUCUCGUCGUCCUCGAACCCUCCAAACUAGAAUUCGGGCGGGUUACAGACGCCAUGUUAAACCCUACUGUCGCCUCCCUAGCCUCCGUUGUAAAAAAGGUAAACGCCCUCUACAGCUCCACAUCCCUCAUCCUCCCCCACCGCGAUUACAAUCUCCGCACCAACGAGUUCACAAAAACCUACCACCAGGACUUUCUAGGUCCAGACCGUGGGGACUGGGACGCGAUUGAGGUGUGGAAAAGAGCCAAAUUCGUGCAUUUCAGCGACUCCAAGUAUCCGAAACCAUGGAUCAAACCUUCUCCAGACUUGAGGAAGAAAUACUGGCCGCGUUGUCCGGAGGGAGAGAAUGGCAGAGAGGAAGAGAGUCAGGAUAUUUGCAGGGAGCGAGAGGUGUGGGUGUCGUUGUAUGAUAGUUUUUCAUUGUGGAGAGAGGUAUGUUAG